UUCAUAUCCGGAUACUUUGGCAGUUAUAUCAGGUCUUCGCCAUGUCUCACAAACAGAUAUACUACUCUGAUAAAUAUGACGCCGACAAAUACGAGUACAGGCAUGUCAUGCUACCCAAAGACAUUGCAAAGUGUGUACCCAAGACCCAUUUGAUGUCGGAGACAGAGUGCAGGAAUCUGGGGGUCCAGCAGAGCCAAGGAUGGGUGCAUUACAUGAUCCACCAGCCAGAGCCGCACAUCUUGCUGUUCGGCGCCCUCUUCCCAGCCAGAAGUCAUAAGGGAGAGAACAUCUGGGUCCUUGGAAGAUCAGUCCUACCUAUGUGCCACAGAAGUGCAUGUAUUCAGUAA